AAAGUCUAAGAUUUAGGAGUUCAAGAAAUCAAGGAGUCGCUUCCUAUUUUUUGUACCAGAAUGGCUCCCUCGUAUUUCUUUGAACCGAGAAAUAUAAGCACAAAGUUGCAUUUGGAAGUGUUGCAUGAUGCAGUCGUAUUAUGUGUUUCUGCAAUUGGUUCUCCUGAUGCUUUUGUGCUGGCGGUAGAAAAGAUUGGACCGUUACUUGUCUAUCGAAUCGACUUCAAUGACCAUCACUCAUUUGAGAUCGAGGAUAUUCAUAUGAUAAGAAAGCGGCUUAGACAACUUGAGUACAAGUUCGGUUAUAAACCGAUUGUUGUAAUUACAGAAAAGGACUAUGAUCGAGACCCCGAGAUCCUGAAACAUUUGCAUCCUUUUCGAGUUCUCGUACUCUGUUCCGAAAUGCAGAUUUUACCUCGUAAGGGAUGCGACGAGGAUUGCUUCAGGUAGCUAUUGAAGGAGCUACUUGAAGUGUAAAUGCGUAUCAGAUGCGGAUUAAACUUCUGAUUUUAGACAGAGUAGUAAUUGCUCAUGCUAUGCAGUGACCAAAGUUGCUUUAAUGAACACUGAACCAGCAACAUAUUCAAAGAGUUUAGAUUGUCUUUGUUCUUGCA